CCUAGCCUUGGUUAGCAAUGUGGCCUUUCCUAGCUAGGGACAACCCACAGAUCCUCACUAGCAAAGUUAUGUGCUGGUGCUUUAGUUUUCACUUUCAGCGCACCGAAGCUGAUUGUAUAGAAGUGAGCUCAAGAAAGAAGGGAAGAAAAAGAAAGCACACAACGGAGCAAGGAAAAGGCAUAGUUGAGGCUCAGUGCAAGGACUGUAUCAGCAGCAGUAUACCAAAACCAAUGGAUAUGGAAGACUUUAAGGCAGGCGUUUAUGAAGGGAGGCUGACAGAUGCUGUCUAUGAUGUGCAAGGAAAACCACUGCAGUCCUUCAUCAGUAAUCCACUCAACAUUGCUGUCGUAGGAGAGCCAGGGUCUGGGAAGUCCUCCUUCAUCAAUGCCAUAAGGGAUCUACGUGCAGAUGAUCCAGGAGCUGCUGAGACCGGCGUACAGACAACUACACUAGAAAUCAAGGCAUACCCACAUCCACAGCUUCCCCAGACCAUUUUUUGGGAUCUCCCAGGAAAGGGAGCAUCAUCGUUUCGUGAAGAUGCUUUGGCUAGGCAGGUAGACUUGAAUCGCUUUGAUUUCUUCAUCAUAGUUGGUGCCCAGCGAUUUCGCACCGUUCACAUUGACCUUGUCCAUGAGAUCCAAAGAAUGAACAAGGACUUUUACUUUGUGCGUAGCAAUACGGAUCUUGAUAUGGAAGCAUCCAAGAGGCAACGGCCUUCUGACUACAAUGAAGAGCUAAUUCUCCUAAAAAUCAAGGACAAUUGCAUUGACGGCUUGAAAAGAGCAGGAGUGAGCAAUCCAAAGGUUUUUCUAGUCUCCAAUUAUGAAACC